CCCGCCUCCCCUCGUUCGGCCUUCCACCCCUUCACCGUCCAUCUUCAUCAUAUCUCGACCUACUCGUUAAUAAAGGUUUGAUCUGGCAGCGGGCUGCAGGUUGUCCUAUUUCCUUAUGCUGCCCAACAACCAAGUCCGCGUUCCGACGAUGCGAGUCGUUUCGCAGUCCAUCGUCCCACGCGACAUCACAGACGAGUUCACAAAUGCUGCCUCAAAAUUACGCACCGGGCAGCUUGUCAAAGAUGAAUACUUUACACUGUUUGAGGCAGUGGGUGCAUUGGAGAUCAUGGACCCAAAGAUGGACAGUGGAUAUAUUGGGCCGGGGAAAAGCCAUGCGCAAGCCUUGGAAGACGACUACGAUGUUAUGCGUGAGCUGGGUCCCGAAGAAUUGGUGGGCAUAAUGGACCAGCUACUUUGCCACGAGAUGGCAUGGCAUAUGGGACACCCUCUUUCGCAGACGCUUUUCACUUCCUUAUACCUCGACAAGCUACUAUGGCCGGUACCCAGGACCGUUGAGGAGGCUCGUUUUGAUCGCGGAGGCACAAAUGGAAGCAAAGAUGGGUCACCAAUGGUGCGACUAGUACUGCGAGCAUACUGUCUUGCACUGGUCAAAGCCUGUGACUUUGUUCAUGCACGAAUCGCCACCGAGUAUUACUACGAGGAGGAGGACUUUGUUACCCAGCUCUACAACCGCAGCCUACUAUCACAAUUCGAUAUUGAGCAGUUUCUAAAGCUAAUCGACGAGGCAGUUUCUUGGGUGGAUCAGCAGGAAGGCAAAAUCGAUGAAAACGUGCGAGAUGCGAUUAAAUGCAGGCUGAUAUUUCGGCGCAACUUUCUGAUUGCGCUUGACCAGGAUGUUGAUGUAGUACAAACCAGGUCGACGGAACAUUUUGCAUCUUGUUUGUCCCAGCUAUCUCAACUGACCCAGUCUACCUCUUUGGGAAAAGCUAUACCGGAGGCCUUUAGUCUGAAGAUCCAGCGGAAGUUAGCUAGUACGGUACCACCUCGACCUAUGGUAAAUAUUAGCUCCGAGGAUGCGCUGGCGCAUCUGAGACGGCUGUGCCAGGAUGCGAUUGACCUAAAGGAGAUUCUUGAAUAUCGAGGACCUUCCAAUUUCAAGGUCGCUCUCUGGUCAUUGUUGUCUCGAAAACCCCAGCCUUCGGUUUAUAUCAGAUCCCUUGCCCAGACCUUGAUUGUGAAUGAUAUGAGCAUCUUGGGCGCCGUUUCAGUCAAACAAUUCCUGUACGACGACCUUGCAGAGCUAGUUCUCCCCUCCAGCAUCCUUCUUCAAGCGAACAUGGAUGAGACCGAAAUGCCAUCCGACCCUCGGUUUCAGAUUGCUAAGAAAAUGGACGAUUUUGUGAAACGUUUUGCCCAGCCUUUUGUCGACACAUAUCGAAGUGCCUGUCUCAACAGAUGUCGCGUUCGUCGAACAGUUUGCCAUACGGUUUCUGAUUGGGAUAACCUACAGAUGGAGGCCGAGGAUCUCGACGUCCAGCUUCAGGGUUUGAGUCAAGAAACGCCAUUGACAUUUCGCCAUGGCGAGCCCACUUAUUCGUUCCCCCUCAGCAGCUGGGCCUACCACCAGAAGCUGAGUCAAUUUCGUCUUGUUCUCCAACUCGGAUUCGAACUCUCUAUAUACUCACCCGAAGAGCUUCCUGGGAUAUACUGGUACCUUUCACAUAUUUGCUCUACUCAUCUUGCCCAUCUCGAUCGAAUUCGGACAUUUACCAUUGCUGCGACCAAACGAAACAUACCGUCCUUGGCGGGAAAGAGUCGAGAUGCUCUUGAACGCCACCUCGCUCUUCAAAAGUCACAUCGUCUUCUCGAAAGGCUUACUACACAAAUUGUCGCCAUCGAUGCCUUUGCGAUAGGUCUACAUGCUUUGUAUGUUUUGCUUGCUCGCCACAAUCUCUUGCCGACGGCGUCUUCGGCACAGGCAUAUUCUAGUGAUCGGCUGCGUUAUGAAAUCCGCAUGAAACCUUUUAUCUCAAUCACUCUACCCGAACUUGUUCCAUAUGAAGAGUACCGCCGUGAAGCAACACUGGACGGUGACAGCGACGCGACAGUCAUAGAACGUGCCACAAAGGCUACUGCUGAAGCGCGGAAGGCUUGGGAAGCCACACUGGCUAAUGGAGCAUUCCUCAAAGAACAGCAAGACCAAGCCAGCAAAGCGUCGGCUAUAGAGGAAGACUGGAAACGUGAUGUUAAGGACACGAUGCGGGCAUGCAUCGGCUCCAGCAUUGCGAUCCAGACGGUGAAGAAAGCGUUGGCCUCCCAGGGGGGGUCAGAAAAGGGUUCUGCCAGCGAUGCCAAGUCACAGUCAAACGACAGUCAGUCUGUAAACUUGAAAGUGGAUAUCCCUGAAGUGGGCUCCAAGAAUCGCUGGCACGACUGGUGGGUUGUGCCACAAGUUGCUGAAGUCAAAUCGGAUUUGAAGAAGUGAAGUGAACUGUCUUCAGCUCAGCAUCCAUUCUCAAUCUUUUGGGUAUUUUCCGGAGGAAUUGUAUAAUGAAGUCAUGUAUAAGCUAGGCAAUAUAGACCAGAUUUGAUUAAUGAUGGCACAAUUUCAAGUUGGAGUAUCACCAAAGUAACUUUGAUCAGAGAUAAAGAUCCUUUCCUAAUAAAUAGCUAGCUUGGAUAUUUAUAGUUAGAUCGGAGAAAUACUCCACAGAAGUUAGAAGUGUGGC